AUGAAGUGCAGCGAAGUGAAGUGCAACGAAGUGAAGUGCAGUGGUUUAAAGUUAGUUACAGUGACGUUUUCUGGAUCUAUGGUCACCGGUGUUUCAUCUCCGGUGACCCACGACCCAGCAUUGCCUGUCGCUGGACAAGGUGGUGGUGCCCGAAGUGGUGGCGUGCAGUCGUGGGCUGGCUUGUUUCGAGGGGGUAAGGUGAAGGAGGAUGCUGGUGACAUCCCUUACUAUGAACCUGCGGUAGUUAAUGGUAAGAAGGUGGCGCAAUGCAUGGCUGAGGAAUUGGUUGAGGAGAGUGAUAGGUGGGAAGCGGCCUUAGUAGGUUAUGUGUUUGGGCCGAGGCCAUCGUUCACAGCCAUGCAAAAGUUUGUGCAAGAUAGGUGGAAACAUGUGGGUGCUGUGGAAGUUUUUGGGCUGGAGAAUGGGAUGUUUGUGUUUGAUUUUCAGGGGUGUGAUCUGAGUAGGCAGAUCCUGGAUGAGGGACCUUGGACACUGGGUUUGCGACCACUAAUCCUUUGUCCAUGGAGUCCUGAUGUCUCACUAUCAAGGAAGGUGGAAACCGAGUUGCCUCUUUGGGUGAGGUUUUAUGGACUCAAUUUGCAGUAUUGGGGAGAUCGAACUCUUGGUCGCAUUGCAAGUGUUCUGGGCAGGCCUAUUUGUGCAGACAAACGAACAGUGCGUCAUGAGCGAUUAUCAUUUGCGCGUGUUUGUGUCUCCAUCCAAGCCUCGGAUGGGCUGCCUACAACAAUUUAUAUUGCUCAGGACGAUGGAACCUUGGUGGAACAGGCGGUGCAGUAUGACUGGAUCCCUCCGUUAUGCAGUACUUGCAAGGUGUAUGGGCAUGUUGAUGCUUCGUGUCCUAUUUCGGCUAUUGCGAAGGAGCAAGCAGGGGGUGUUGAAGUUCAUGACUCAUCAAUAGUUGAUGAUGGUUGGGUGCGCCAAAAUAGUCAUCGCCGGAGAGGUAAGCGACAGGUGCAGAUCCCACCUUCAGCGGUUGCUGGUUCUGCGUCGCCGGUGACUGGUGCCGGAGUGGGAGAUCUUACGGUUAGGAAGCCAAUGGAGGUAAAAACGCCACGUGGCGUUGCAGUACGUGGCGGUUUAGUGGAUAAUAUUUCAAAAGAGGUGAUUGGGGGGAAGGCAAGGCAUCCUCAGUUAUAA